AUGGCUGCUUCAAGCGGCAUUAUAGCUCGGCCGUAUACGCCUGUAGACUUGUUCCUCAACAUCUCCUUUUCCACUCUUCUGGAAAUCCCUGGCAAAGAUAUCAUCCUUCCUGGGACUACGUCUAAGGCUUUGGCUAUACUAUGUGUAACGGGAGAAUGCGAUCAUCAAUACUACGACGCCUACGAGAGCAAUGUGAAGCAAGCCCUGUUCGUUGCAGACGCUAAUGAGCAGAUCGUCUACGGCCUGUGGCUGUGGCUGCAGGCCGUCGACCAAAUUGCGCCUGGUCAAUGGCUGGCAUAUCAGGACUAUGGUGCCGAGGGACAUUUUGCCGUUCUUCAACGGGAUUGCUGCAUUGCCUGUGCUUGCAAGAUGAUUCAGGAGGGCUUCAGCAGUCGUGAGGGUCAUUCGUUCAAAGUCAUUCGCAUAAUUUAUGGAAGGCUUGCUCGCCAAGAUAUGGAAUGA